AUGGGUAAUUUGUGUCUUAGAAAAAAAGAGAGAUCCUAAUAGCCCUAAGUAUUUAAUUUAUAAAAUAAAGUAUAAUAUUGCAGAUGAAAAUCACAUAAUCUAUACUCCAGCUAGUUUAAAUGAAUUAGAUAAAAUAAUAAAAAUAGAAUCUUAAGGUAUCUAUAUUAUCUAUUACUAGAAGCUUUGAUUUUGAAUAUCUAAAAUAAGUAGGACUAAUUUUAGUAUGAGAAUAAUUAAAAUACUAUUCAAAUUUUAAAUGAACUUGAUAAAGAUGCUCUUAUUAAAUAAGGACAAUUAGCAAAGGAAGAAUUAUCAAAAAUUAAAUAACAGGUUAAUAAAAUAAUAUUUUUAGUAAUAUGAUGAUGCUGUUUUGUAUUUUGGAAAAUAAUCAUUAAAAGAAAAUCUACCAAUUAAAUCAGAAUAAAAUGAUGAAUAAAGUGUGUAGAUUGAAUUAGAGAGAAUUAGAGGACAAUAAUACAUUUAAUAAUAAAGAGAUUAACAAUAAGAACAUUAAAAAUUUAUAUAAAAAUAAGAGGUUGAAAAAUUAAGAUUAUAAAAAUAUGAAUAAGAAAUUAUAUAAAUUGAAGUAAAAGUAUAAAUAUUCACUUAUAUAAAAUAGAAUUAAAAUUAGAUAUAAUAUUCUCAAUAUAAAUUUGUAUGGUACUUUUAAUUUACUUUAUCAUAGGUCUUAAGGAGGUAGUAAGGUAUUCUUAACUGGUAGCUGGUUAAAUUGGAUAGAUAAAAUUGAAUUACUAUAAAAAGACAAUAGGUACAUGUUAUCUUAAUUCCUAAGAUUUGAAAUUGAAGUAAAUAUACCAACAGGAAAUCAUUAAUUCAAAUUUAUUGUAGAUGAUGAAUGGAAAGUCAGUGAUUAGAAUGAAUACAAUGGUUAAAAUAAUUUAAUAAAUGUUUGA